AUGGAGGAUUCACUGGUUGUAGCUAUAGAUCAAGGCACAACUUCGGCUAGGGCGGUUGUUUUCAAUAGCUAUACGCUUCCUGUUGCGGCCUAUCAGUUUGAGCUCACACAAAUCACUCCCAAUCCAGGUUGGAUAGAGCAAGACCCCAAGCAGCUUGUUGAAGCAUGUCGGACCUGUCUAAUGAACGUUGGCCAUCAGCUUGCGGCCAAGAAUAUACCUGCAAGCCGAGUGAAAGCCAUUGGCAUCGCUAAUCAGCGCGAAACUUCUGUGUUAUGGGAUCGUCGCACAGGAGAGCCUGUGGCUAACGCUAUUGUAUGGUCGGACACCCGCACCGAACCGCUGGUCGAGGAGAUGCGAAAACUGCCCGGUGCAGACCAAGUACAGGAUAUUUGCGGACUACAUUUGAACGCUUAUUUCGCUGCAUUAAAAGUUCGCUGGCUGUUGGACCAUAAUGAGAACGCUCGCCGUGUCUACAACGAAGGUGAGCUGUGCUUCGGCACCGUCGACUCGUGGCUGAUUUACGCUUUGAGUGGAGGUGCAACCCAUAUCACAGAUGCUUCAAACGCCAGUCGCUCGAUGCUGUUAAAUUUAAAGGAGAUGCGCUACGACGAGCGUUUGAUCGAGUUCUUUGGUUUCGAAAAGCUUAUCUUACCCGAAAUUAAGCCCUCAAGCGAGGUGUACGGAAAAUACCACGCCCCUGGCGACGAUUUGCAUGGAACGCCUAUUUCCGGUUGCGUUGGUGAUCAAAGCUCGGCUUUGGUAGGACACAUGGGCUUCAACAAGGGCGACGCUAAGAACACUUAUGGAACAGGUUGUUUCUUGCACUAUAAUACCGGAGAGACUCCGGUGUUUUCUAAAAAUGGUUUAUUAACUACUAUUGCCUACCAGCUCCCUGGCCAGCCUCCAACCUACGCGUUAGAAGGUUCUGUUGCUGUGUGCGGUAGCGCUAUCAAGUGGCUCAAGAACAAUCUGGGUAUGAUUGAGACCAGUGAGCAGGUGGGUGAUCUUAUAGAGAGCGUGCCCAAUUCGGCUGGAGUGUACUUUGUAACUGCUUUCAGUGGUCUUUUUUCGCCCUAUUGGCGGGCAGAUGCCCGGGGAACAAUCGUGGGCAUUACCUCGUACACAAACCGUGCUCACAUCGUCCGUUCAGCCAUAGAAGCAGUGUGUUUCCAAACUCGAGCAAUCUUCCAGCUCAUGGAGUACGAGAACGAAAUACAGGGAGGUGUUUCUAAUAUGACCAGAGACCGCAUUUUGAGCGUGGAUGGUGGUUUGACUUCAAGUGAUGUGAUCAUGCAACUUCAGGCGGACAUUCUGGGUGUCAACAUUGUUCGACCGGCGAUGAAGGAAGUUACUGCAUUGGGGGCAGGAAUUAUGGCUGGCUUGGCUGUAGGUGUUUGGAAAGAUCUCGCCGACGUCACAAUGCGUCACUCGCUAUCGGAGGGAUCCAUGUCACGGUUCACCCCCCACUCAAGUGCUGAACAGCGUCGUCAAGGCUUCCACCAAUGGCAAAGAGCCGUAGAGAGGGCCACGGGUUGGAUCGAAGCCGCCGACGCUGCUGUAGUCUAA